AUGCCUGCUGCGGAAUGUUGGAGCCCAGCGCAUCGGCCAGAAGCUCGUGGUAGUCCCUUCAAUGCAGAUGGGAAGGAGAAGGGCUUGGCAUGGUUCACCUCGCGGGCGGGACACCUCGUUCAGUGGCAGGACGUCUUGGAGGUCCUCCAAGACAUUCGCUGUGCGAGGCUGCAGGCAAGUACUGUCAGCUUCAAUGCCGUUGCCUGCGGGCUCAGCCGGACAAAGCAGUGGCAGUUGGCUCAAGAGGUCCUGUCUGCGCUGCGGGCUCUGGGGCUUCAACCGAGCGCAGCAUCCCUGGGAGCUGCCGUGGGCUCUUGCCAAGCAGCUGGAGGACUUUGGCGGCAGGCAAUCCGUCUACUGCACACUGCAAGGAAAGCCUGGUGCCUGCAGACACUCAGUGCCGCGAUUUGCUCAGCGAUUGCUGCACAUGGGCCCUCAAGCUGGCAAGCUGCUGAAGCUCUAAUCGGACAGCUCGUCCAAAGCGGCGGUAUCCUGAACAUCGCACACUUCAACGGCCAGCUAGACACUCUCAGUGGUGGGCUCUGGGCAAAUGCAUUGGACAAGGUCGGCAAGAGCAUCUCGAAGCCGGAUGUUGUAACUUUCAACACCAUGAUCCACGCGACCACGGCAGAUGUCUGGCAGCUCUCAUUCAGCUUUCUGCAGAAUAUGCGGCGUGCCAGGUUAGAGCGCACUGUGAAAAGUUACGGUGCUUUGGCUGCCGGCCUGGAGUCCCGCUGGGUGUUGGCCGUCCUGUUGCUUCGGAGCAUGCACCGCAGCAGCGUGGAGAUGAACGCCAUCGUCAAAGGUUCCGUGGCAGGAGCCCUUGCGGAAGAUGGUGCCUGGCACCAUGCUUCUUCGCUUUGCGGCGAUGCUGUCCAGCUGCACCGAAGGAUGGUCACGGCUGCGGUCCACAGUUGGCAAGGAUCACUUCAGUGGCUUGAUCUCCUGGAGUGCCGGUGCGUGCGACAAGACUUCAGCAUGUGGGCCGCAGCGACCACAUCAGUGAGCAGGUGGAACAAGUCCUUGUCGAUUUCAUUGGUCUGUGCGCAGCGUGGCAUGCGCUCCAACAUCGUGGCCAUCGGCACGUUGGCGAGGCCACUCCAGGAUGCGCAACACUGGCAGGAAGCCGGCCACCUGCUUCAGACCAGUAAGCAGCAUCACCUGGAGGCAAAUCUUGUCACGUUUGGCAUGCUGACAUCUGCCUGCAGCAGCUCGCAGUGUUGGCCAGCUUCCAUACAGGUCUUGGAAGCAGCAUGUUCUGCAGCUGUCCUACCUGAUACAGAUAUACACAACGUGGCAGCUCGUGGUGCGGCCAAGCAAGGAAAGUGGGAAAUCUCUGGCGAACUAAUCCGAGCUGUACGCCGACGGCGUUUGCAAGCAGACGGGCAAACUCCAGCAAGUGUUUGUUCAGGUGUCGCGAUGCAGCACCGUUGGCGGCAUUGCCUGCAGCUGGUCGCUGAAAUCACGCCCACGGACCUCGCGAGUGUGGCAGGGGCUUUUGCCCUGGUCCUUUGUGCAGAGGCAGCAAGAUGGCAGCUGGUUUUGGCCUGGCUAAGGGCUUCAUCACAGCCAUCUCAAGAAGCCCAUGCAGCAGCUCUUGCAGCGCUGGCAUCUACCGGCAAGGUCCUCGAAGCUCAUGGGCUCCUGGCCUCUUUGCGUGCUCAGAUGCUCCGCUUGGAGUCGUCCCAUCUUACGAAUGCCCUGGCAGUAGCCCGACAAGGCCAGCCUUGGGUGACCAGCCUCGAACUGUUGAGACUCGGGCAGCUGGCGGGACUUCACUUGCACCAGGCCGUUUGGCACGCAGGCGCUUGCUUGCUCACGGGUCGUCAAGUUUCCCAUCGAAGCGCAAUGCUGCAAGCACAGGGGUCGACGCAUGCGGCAGCUGGAGACAUGCCCUGCUUCUCCUGGCAUCUGCGCAGCCUCAGACUCAGACGCACAUCGCGAAAGCAGGGGGAGGAGCUCUGCCUGAGGUCUUGCCAUGUCGAGCCGGACGUGACUUCUCUGGCUGCAGCUACAAAUCGUCCGUUCACUCCACGCUGCGUCUACUUCAUCAGCUUCAGCGGAUGCAUCUUUGCCAACUGCGUGCAGACUCGAGAUGGCUACCGUAGGUCUUCGCAAGCCUUGCAGCUGAUGCGCACAGCCGUGGAGUGGAAGUCGUGGGAGGAGCUGCGGACCUUGACGAAAGCCUUCCAGCGAUACCUGGAGGAGAUUCGCGAGACUGACCUCCGAAGAAGGCGAGACAUUGAAGCGAACCUCUCUCGGGUGUGUGCGGCACGAGAUCAACUCGCUCACGUCACGGCGCACAAGACAGAAGCGACCGAGGAGGUGGCCCGGCUUUCUGCAGACAACGUGGAGCUACGACGACAACUGGAGUUUGAUGCGCGACAGUUCGUUGCUCUGCUCCAGAAGUGUAAAGAUCGAGAUCCUGGCAAAGAGCCCAUUGCAGAGACCGGCGAAUCGGACGAAGUUGGUUUUCAGAGAGAUGUCAAGUCUGAGAAAGAGGUGCCACUGGGUGCGACGCUUCCGGAUCCAGUGGGAAGCGACAGCUCAAGCAAUUCGAGACCUUUAUGUCGAAGGCCUGCCAGCGCGGCAGGUGUGGAGGCUGCAAGCGAGCACGAAGCGCUUUCCAUGCCACCUUCGAUUAGAUCUGGCAACUGUGGCACGGCCCAAUCUGCUUCCGGGCUGGAUGCAAGUCCAACAGCCAGCUUACAGACGCCGGAUGCAUCUCCAGCCACGGUCGUUGCCCCUGGCGAAGCUCUUCCGGCUGCAUCUCCUUGUUCACGGAGUCAAACGUCGGAACCUACGUCUCAGACAAAGAAUCAGAAGAAUCAGAGACUUCUUCGGGACUUGCCUUUAGAUGCCCUCGGCAUGCUGCAAAGCCUGGUUGCUGUGAAGCAGCAUCUGUCCGAGUCUUACAGUGCCUGUUGCAGCAGCAAGCCGCGCGAGGAGCCUGCCCUCUCCCCCAGCGAUGGGACGCCGGCACGGAAAGAUCCCACAAGCCCCGAGCAUGGCCAGGUGGCGGCCACGCUCACAGUGGUUACGAAGGCCGUCCAUUGGAGUUGCCCUCGUGCCGUGCAGCCGGAGGAGCCGAAUCUGGCCAAGGCCCAAGCAGCCGGCCCUGCGACGUGGCCUCGCCUCUCCGGCCCUCUGCGCUGGCAGCCGCCGAGGCCGCGCGUUGGGCACAGGUCAAGCAUGCUCAGCCUGCUGGGCACUCAAGAGCUGGGGGAUGGUUGGCAGAAGGCCCCGAUGAUGUGGGAACCAGUGGCAAGCGAGCACCGGCCUUAUGGCAGCAACCGUCAGCUACUGGACUUCGUGCUCGCGUGCAGCCUAGAACUGCUACCGAGAGCAUCGUGUCUCAGCCAGCAUGCCUUGGCUGAGGAUGUCCCCAGCUUCUCAAGUUACACCGGGUCAUCAGUGCCGAGGGCUGGCGGUGCUCGGAAGGUACGGAAGCAAUGGAACCACCUUGCAGACAUCGUCACCGAGACUCGACGCGUAACGCCCGGGCAGAUGCUUCUUACGCCGGCAGCCCAGCAGCUUUGUGAAAACCUGUGCUAUGCAAAUGUGGCCACGGUUCAACUUGUCAGAGAGCUGAACAAUGGCAACGUUCCGGCAGCUACUGCCUCUUCGGGACCGCCUAAGCCAUACAAAGGCUUGCCACAAAAAGAGGUGCAAAAGCUGAUCGUCGAAAGAGCAAAGCGUCGGCAUCUCAGUGCUUCUUCUGUCGAGCUCUCCCUUAAGUGGGCGCCGUCGCGAAGCUCCCAUGUCGCGGACUGUGGGCGAGGCCCCAGCCAGGUUGUUGGCUCCUUUUCGUUUCUGCUACGCUCACUGUUAGUCACCAUUACUGUUGGUGCUCUAACUUUUCUGAGUCUCACCCACUCUUCACUGCUCACUGUACUCACUGCGCUGAGCGACGGGACGGUCAUGGGUGAUGAUGCUGGAGGCUUGCUUGUGGAAGGACAAACAGCAAACGUCGGGAGCGAGCCGAGCGUGCAGGCGGCCUCUGGAGUCAGCUCGUUUGCGUGCACCGCGUCUGGCAUUCUCAUUGCGAUUGCUGUCGGUAAGCAUCUUUGUGAGCAUGGGGAGUGUCAAAGAGACGCCCUUUGGCAGUGCACCGAUUGCUCUGCGCUCUCAGAUGGCUCUUUGUUUGUGCUGCACUGGUCGCUUCAUGUUGACAGCGCCCCCUCCGGCUCCUCCAUCCUUUCCGUUGCCACCACCACCAGCACCAGGGCCCUGGCCACGUGCCCCAAUGGCGCGCAGAUUCUCUUUGCCAGCAACCUUCAGUCCCACAGUGGACGUGUCAUGCUGCCACCAGCUAAUGCUUCGUUCUUCGAACUACCGUAUGUGCACCAAGGAUAUGCAGCGUCGGCAUGGUUGUCGCAAACAAGGCACGAGGUGAUACGGUGGUCGCCCAUCGCGGUCUUGUCAGGCUUGAUUUUAUGGACCGGCAUGCAGGCCCUGAUGUAUGCAUCGCUCUCUACCUUGACAGUCAUCCGGAAUGCCAGCCCUCUAAUUCUUUUGGGAGCAGAGCGGCUGAUGUUCGGCGUCCCGAUCACGAAGGAUGCCAUCAUAUCCUUGACCACGAUCUUGAUAGGUGUCGUCAUCUACUGUUCAGAUGACAUCUCGACUAAGGAAGCCCUCGGGAUCUUUCUGGUGGUCGUAGACGCAGCCUUCGUGUGCUUGGAUCGUUUGGCGCAGCGCUACCUACUCCAGGAGAUGCCAGUGUCCCUCUCCUCUUCGGCCUUGGUCCUUGUGUCCAACGCUGUGGGCCUCCUUUUCUCCUUUGCGCUGCUUUUCUACCCCAUGCACACGGAGCUCCAUGAGGUCGAGUGGACUCCAGCAGGAAUUUCAUGGUCCAUCGCCUCUUGCAUUGGAGGUGCGGCCAUCGCCUACGCGGGCAUUGGUUUGUCGCGCAAUCUUAGCGCGACUGCUGCACUCGUGGUCACAAACAUAGACAAAGUGCUAGUACUUUGCUAUGGUGUAAUGAUGUUGGGGGAUCACUUUGACUCAACGAAGUUGUGCGGAUGCACCUUCGCCCUUGUCGGAGGUACUUGGCAUGCGUGGGGUCGACUACGCGCCGGAGAGGAGAAGAAGCAGGAAUUGAAGACGGGCCCCUUGAGCGAAGAGCUCUCUCCAGCCGGCGAAGAAAUGAAUAGCUUCUGCUGA